AUGAUCAAAAUAAAUAAACCUAGUUUUUUAAUUAUUUUUUUAAUAGUAUUUUCAAUUAUAAAUUUUAAAGAUAUAGUAGUAAAAGCAGAUGAUACAACAACACCAGCACCAACAACAACAACAACACAACCAACAUCAACACCAACUCAAAAUUUAACAGUAAAAUAUAGUUUUGAAAUUUCACAAUUAAGUCAAGAUGAUAAAUAUUAUAAUGCAACAUUACAAGGAUGGAUAGAUAGUGAUGGUAAUAUAUUUCAUUAUUCAAGUUGUAUAGAUAAUGUUGAAAAGAAAUGCCCAAUGGCAUCAUACAGAGAUAACAUUUCAAGAAUUCAUUAUGUUGAAUAUUGUGUUCCAAUUGAUUAUGAUUGUUGUGGUUGUAACACUGUUGGUCAACCAGUUUAUAUUAAAGGUGAAAAGAAUACAGUUCUUACAAAAGUUGGAAGUUGUUUUGGUUGUCCUUCAGAUUCAGUAUGUACCACUAGAAACGGUGCUGGUUUACGUUAUUUCUGUGGCAGAAAACCAACUUCAAAUUCUAAUAAAUUAAAUUCACCACCAAUAACUUUACUAACUUUUAUAAUAAUUUCAAUUUUAAUUAUAUUAAUAUAA